AUGUGAACAUGGUAACACAUGGUAUCAAGCUAGCACAGAAGCUCAAAUUCUCUCCACGCAAAGUUCUAGUCGUACAAAAGCGAACCCGACUAGUACGAGAAACAUUGCGACACCCUUGCUAUGUAGAGAACCUUGAAACUGCUGGUCGACAUGAUGAUUUGAUUGCGAUAAAGCGGCGCCACGAUGUUCACGAAUCCAACUUGUCCAUAAUCCUGACAGAGUUAAGGAGACAUUUUGACGAGGUAGCCCUGGUUGACACGAUAAACCGGGAGCAUGUUGAAUGGGCGGAUGUGUUUAUAUCAGCUGGUGGGGAUGGUACUUUUCUAAAUGUAGCGAGUCAGCUGAGGGAGGGAAAUGGGCUGAUCGGUCUUAAAACUGACCCUGAAAGGUCAGUCGGACAUUUGUGUGCGAGAAGCAGGUCUAAAAAGACAAACUUGAAGUAUAUUAUUCAGCAGAUUGCUGAAGGUGAAUGUGUGUUUAUUAAGAGAAGCCGCAUCAGAGUUAAAAUGUCAUAUGCUUGUACUGUUGGCGAUGUUCAAAUACCUAAAUACGCACUAAACGAUGUGUAUGUCGGGGAAACCAGUCCCACGCGACUAAGCUAUUUGGAACUUCAGAUCGACAAACUACCUGCUGAGAAACAAAAAUCGUCUGGUUUUCUGAUCUCUACCGGGUCGGGGUCCACCGCAUGGAGCUACCAUGCUAAUGCUCUCGAUACCUACAGAACGGAACAGUUUCUGAAGAUACUACGAGACUCAGGGCUGACCAAUAAAAAGCUAAAUAGCACAGAGAUUACAGACGUUACCAACAGGUUCAACGACUCGUUUAUAUAUCCUGCGGAGGACAGGAGAAUGAAAUACAUUACAAGGGAGCCGCUGCAGAACAGCGUGUUUAGGGCUGCUAACGUGCAGGGGUAUGCUGAGUCUAUUACCAUACGGUCUCUCUGUUGGAAUGGCAAGAUUGUAAUGGACGGUGUUCAGAGGAAGUUUAAUUUUGAUGAUGGAGUGUUAGCUAACUUUACUACAUCCGAUUGUGACAGUCUCAAUUCCAUUCAAUAUGUGGACUAACCUGGCAGAGGUGCUUCUUAUAGGUCUAAUUCUUAUAGGACAGUUAUAUGCCUUGUUGUAUCUCAACCAAAUCUUUUGUUCAUAGGAUUUGCUAGGAAAUUCAUCUUCGUUUGAUAUAUUUUUUCUAUUACCUGAAAUUCAGAUAAACUAUUUUUGAGAGUUACAGUUUUGUAUGAGUCAACUUCCAUAUGUGGAAUCGAAAUUUUAUUGUAUUUGCGAAGCUAUUACCAGUCAUAUUAAAUCGAA